CAAACAACAUAAAUAAGUAGCCUCCAUCGGCGUAUUCAAAGCACAACUCUUUAUACUUCAAUUAAAGCUCGCUCUCCUUCUCUCACACGCUCUUGCUCCACGUCUCAUUUGUUUCUUUCUGUUGGGAUUUGGAUUUCUUUGCCAUUUGGCCCAUAUGGGAAGAUUCCUCUUUUCUCCGACGUCACCCGCCGGGAAAUGGCUGGGAUUCGUAACUGCUGUUUGGAUUCAGGCCAUUUCCGGCAACAAUUACACCUUCUCCAACUACUCCGAUGCUCUGAAAUCUCUUAUGGGUCUUACUCAAUUGCAGCUUAACAAUCUCUCUGUCGCCAAGGAUGUCGGGAAGGCCUUUGGUCUCGUCUCUGGUCUUGCUUCAGAUCGUCUUCCCACUUCCAUCAUUUUGCUCAUCGGUUCUGUUGAAGGCUUUAUAGGUUAUGGGGUUCAAUGGCUCGUUGUUAGCCAGCGAAUUCGGCCUCUUCCUUACUGGCAGAUGUGUAUAUUUCUGUGCAUGGGAGGCAACAGCACAACAUGGAUGAACACGGCAGUGCUGGUCACCUGCAUGCGAAACUUUCGGAAGAACAGAGGCCCGGUGUCUGGCAUCCUGAAAGGCUACGUCGGACUCAGCACCGCAAUCUUCACCGAUAUAUGCACGGCUGUCUUCUCUGCUGAUCCUUCGACCUUCAUUCUGAUGCUCGCCAUCAUCCCCGCCCUUGUCUGCUUCACCGGGGUCCUCUUCCUCCGUGAGGUCCCAACGUCCGCGGACUCCACCCAGGAGAAAGAAGAAAACCAUUACUUCAAUAUCUUCAACGUAAUCGCCAUCAUUGUAGCUGUUUAUCUAUUGACCUUCGAUGUCACCGGAAGUCACGGGCGGCUUCUUUCGCUAGCCUUCGCCAUCGGGCUGCUCAUCCUGCUAGCUUCACCAUUGGCGGUCCCGUUGUACUCCGCAUUCCAGAGUUGGAGAACGAAUAUGGGAUCCAAUUCGGGAGAUGUUGAACGUCAGAUCAAAGAACCAUUGCUGGCAGCAGCAGCGAAGCCAGCGCAGACGGUGACGACAGCUAUGGUGGAGGAAGUGGAGGUGAGGCCGCCGCCGGUGAUCGGAGAAGAACACACGAUCGUAGAGGCGAUGAAGACGUUGGAUUUCUGGAUCUUGUUCGUGUCGUUUCUUUGCGGGGUGGGUACGGGGAUGGCGGUAAUGAACAAUAUGGGGCAGAUGGGGUUGGCACUAGGCUACGCAGACGUUUCCAUUUUCGUGUCGCUCAUAAGCAUUUGGGGGUUUUUCGGUCGUAUCAUUUCGGGUACGGCCUCAGAGUACUUCAUCGAGAAAGCUGCAACUCCCAGGCCUCUAUGGAACGCCUCUUCUCAGAUUCUAAUGACUAUUGGAUAUGUGCUUUUGGCCAUGGCGAUGCCAGGAUCUCUCUACAUUGGAUCGGUGGUGGUUGGAAUAUGCUAUGGAGUCCGUCUUGCUGUGACAGUCCCAAUCGCUUCUGAACUAUUUGGCCUCAAAUAUUACGGUCUCAUGUACAACAUCCUUAUCCUCAAUCUUCCGAUCGGUUCCUUCCUCUUCUCUGGCCUGCUCGCUGGUUUCUUGUAUGAUGCGGAGGCAACCAGCAGUGGCGAUGGUGGCAAUACGUGCAUAGGCGCCCAUUGCUACAGACUUGUGUUUGUGGUCAUGGCUCUAGCGUGCGUCCUGGGGUUUGUGUUGGAUGUGUUCCUCGCAAUCAGAACCAGGAAUGUUUAUUCUAAAAUUUAUGCCACCAAGAAGUCCCGGAAAUCAACUGUGAAUCCUGCAGCCAUUAAAUAAGAUGGAUUCAUUCCUGUAUAUGAUUUUUUUCUUCAACUGAGGAAUUUCUGCAUCGGGACGGCAAGAUGACAUAUUGCUUCACACUCUGUACUACUAGUUAGUUUGGCACACAUGAACCUUACUGUGAGAGCUAGGAAAUGAUGGGUUUUUUUACCCAUUGAUCUUCUGGGUCCAACAGGGAGCUGAUUGAGUGACUAUAACUCUGUAAGUAUAUGAUCCCUAGAUUCUUAAACCAAUUUUGUGUAUCUCGUUUCAAUUUUAUUUGGAGAAUUGAAGGAUGUUAUUGUCAGGACUGAGGAACAUCCAUUCAAAGGAACUUGGUAGGAUUUGUGGAUGGUGAAGCUGUUUGCAGGGGGAAUUAGCCCAUUCUUUUCUAGUCCGAAUGCAGAGUACUACCUUGGUGUAUAUAUAUACUUGUAAUCGUAAGACGCAUCUUUGUUGAUAUGAGAAUUGAUUAAUGAUAGUUUGACGCUAAUUAGUUUUGGUCAUUCA